CAUUUGAAUAUUAAACAAUCGUUGCACUGUCGUUCGUAAAUGUUAUGUUGCACGUUAAUUUUUACGUUUUUCAUUUUUAUCAUCAAGCGAAAUUGUUAUCACGUCAACAGACGGACGACAACAUGUUGCCCAUUAAUGUGACUAAUACCACUGGUACAUGCCUGCAUCAUUUGAAUGAGUAUUGCCUCCUCGACAUAUUCUCGAGCAAUUCGUUGACACUGUUGGAUUUGUGUUCACUGGCAGAGACUUGUAGAGAUUUCCAGCGAAUAACGAAACGCGUCUUUUCAAGGGAAUUGAAGAUGGUAGUCGGACCUCACGCACGUCGAUAUUCAUUCCAAGCAAAAAACUAUUCCAUUCGUUCCAAAGCUGCCAAGGAUAUACGACGAAUAUUGAAAAAUUUCGGAUCAUAUCUGACCGAACUUAAAAUAUCCCGCAACGACCCGAUUGUUACCGAUUCGGUGAUAAAGUAUUGCAGAGCCGGUACAUUAGGGAGAAUCAAUAUUUGUGGAAAAAGUGGCAAAAAAAUGAUUGAAGAUCUCACAGUCAAAUUUGAAGCGAUCUUUAAACGGCUACUGGCGCUGUCAUUUAAUGGAUUAUACACGAAGUAUCAACUUGGGGAUACAAGUGUACAAUUGUACUGUGAUUCAUUGUUGGAGUUGAAAGUCAUCAAUGUAAACGCUGACGCGUAUAGGUCAAUUCUGAACAAUAAUUUCCCGAAAUUGGUACGAUUCGAGCUUAUGAUCUCUAAUUUUGAUGUAACUCAUGCUUUAAUUGAGUUUAUUGGACGUCAUAAAAGCCUUCGAUCUCUAUUUUUGUGUGUUAAAUCGAUAUGCAUCCACGAUGACUUAAUGGUUGCAAUAGGCAACAAUUGCAAGGAUAUGCAGGUAUUGACCUUAUUUAGCUCUGAAUUGGAAAAUUUCAUUUCGCUGGAUCUUUCCAAACUGCAUUGUCUUACCAAACUAAGGACAUUGGAUGUUGCAUGUUGCUUACAAAAUCAAAUUCAGCUCGUUGCACUUUUGAAAGCAUUAAAAUCGUUAGAAAUUGUGAUAAUGUGGCACAUAGUUCUGACAUUUGAAAUGGUUGAUGCUCUAUCACAAUCACAGAAGUUGCGAGAAUUGCAUUUGGUCGGUUUCAUAGUCAAAAUUCCACCUUGGACAAUAUUAACGCAAUUAAAGAAAUUACAUUUGGACAAUGCACAAGGACAACUUUGUGCAGCAGACGUUAUUGAUAUUGUCUCGCGUCUGGUAAAUUUAGAAGAAUUGACAAUAAUCAACAGAAGUGAAAGCGAUGAACUGACCGAAAAAGUGUAUUCUGAAAUUGUUAAUAUUGUUGAACGUAGACCAAAUGUACUGACACUAAAAUCUAAUUUUAGACAGAAUUUCCUGGAAAAUUGUGAUGUGAAUCGAAAAGUUCAAUUAAUAAAUUUUAUUUGA